AUUUGGUAUCAGAUUAGGUUGUCCUGAAUCCCUCUCUGUUGUGCCAUGGCACUCCGAUCGUCCACGAUGGAUCAUCCAGAUCCUACCGUCCGUGAGCUGCUCGAUGCAAUGGCGUUGAUGGAGAAUCGCUUGACUGAGGCGCUGGCGGGCCGUGGUGGCGAGCAGACUCCUGCCUCCUCCUUCGCCUCGUUGUUUGACUCGUUCGAGGGCACCAUAACUUCCUCCACCAUAGCGCUACAAUACAACGACGUGUUCAGCUCUUCGGUGGGCGCGGCGUACGCCGCAAGCCCCUGUGCGCGGCCGCGUUCUCCAUCUUACGACGACGACGAACCGGUCUUCGAUGCAUGGCCUCUCUUCGACGAGGAACCUGUCGACAGCGCUACCACUCAGGCUCUCUUCUCCGACGAUGCCGACCACUGCUUCGGCGACGAGCUCGACACCGACCGGACCAUGGAGUUCUGCUUCCCCACCUCCGAGUUCGACAUCAAGCAAGUCGUGGCUGUGGUCAGCAACACCAAGGACACGCUGGAGUUCGCCAGGGCGCGAAGGGUCGAGAUCCGCACGCGUGUGACCAUGGCGUGCGAGGACUGGGUGGUGGACCACAACGUGGAUGCCGCGACGGUGGCCGACAUGGCGCACCUCGCACACGACUACUUCACGCUUCCACCCGAGGACAAGCCUCCGCUUGGCCCCUACAUCGACACGGCUCCAUCUCCAGCUUCCUUUAUCCCACAGUUGGUGGAUACCGAGGAGGAGGAUGAGGUUUUCCACACCUCGCCCAGCACGUGUUCGACGAUGGUCCCCAACCGCGAUGCCACCACCAGCAUGCUCGCCAUGGUCGAGGCCACCUGGAGCGACAACGAGUAUGCGCUCGUGGACCUGCAGUCCAUCUGCUACUACUCCACGUCCAAAGGCAUCUGUGAGUACCCAGACCUUGUCAGGCACUACCUGGGCAGCGUCGUACUGCCAGGCGACAACUACUAUGUCGCCCUCAAUUCAGUGGUGUUCAGCGACGGGUCCUUUAGCUUCGUUCCCAAGGACACAGUCUGCCCCAUGGAAAUCUCGACCUACUUUAGGAUCAACGACAAGGAGACCAACCAGUUUGAGAGGACUCUGAUUGUGGCCGAUGAGAGAUGCACCUAUGUCUUGCUCAUUGAGUUGUGUCUUCAGGUUGAUGGUGUUAAAGUUUGGCUUCCGCCUUGGCCACCACCUGUUUGGACAUUCUGGCUACUUUAUGAUGUGUGCAGCGGCAUGCAUUACAACUGCAGAGACUGUGCCUGGUUCAAGGGUAUAUGGUAGCCACUAUUUUUGGUGACCCCAUUUUAUAUUCGACGGCUGAAGCUUGGUUGGGACGUUUUUCUGGGAAAGGAAAUUGGAGAGCCGCGGGGACUGAAGUGGUUGGCUGUUAGUUCGUGGAAUAUGGCUGAGAAGAUGCAAAAAGGGGGCAAGUAUGAUUAUGCCUCUGAAUUUUUGGAGUUUGCAGAUGAAUUUUUCAGUUCAAUGUUCUCUGUGGUUCUGUCCACCAGAUGUUUGCUAAAUUGUUUCAUCGUCCUACACACUUGUUUUUCGACUGCAAUUUCAAUACCGAAGCUCGGUGAUGCGGAUAACGGUUUUGCUGGAGCUAUUCUUGAAGAUCAGAUAUUCAUUGAUACCCUGACCUCCAGAAAAGAAAUGAAAGGACAGGUGCACAAAAUAGCUUGUCACUUGCUAUAUACUAUGUUGGGACAUGUGCACAAGACUGCAUCCAAUGGAGAUAAGCGGGCCUCAUUACAUAGUGAUAGGAGAACCUGGGGUCUAUGUGACAGAUGUCUGGAGAAGUGGUCUUAUGGUCAGAAAUGUACUCAUUCUGUUCAGCUUCAUGUCGUGGAUGGGGUCUUGGAAUUAGUCAGCACAGACAGUGAGACUCGCCACCACGGAAUCGAGGGUCCACAACUCAGGAUGACUUUAUCCCAGGCAGCUUGUUCAGGCUCGGACAGACGCCAAACGUUGAAGUUCAGAGGAUCCCUUCAGUCUAUCCCUUUGUUGAUUUUGGUGGGCUCAGGAAGUUCCUACACUUUCGUCAUCAAUCGAUUUCCGUCCAGUUUACCAGGAGUUUCAGACAUGAUCAGCACUGAAUCUGUGCAAGUGGACAACAGGGAAAUCAUGUCUUGUCAACAUUACCGGCUGACUAUGGAAUGGUUCAUACAGGAUUACAAGUUUGUGUCCAACAUCUCAUUAUUGCCCUUGUCCAAAUAUAAUUUAGUUGUCAACAGGAAUUGGUUGGAAGCAUACAGUCAUAUGUCAACAGGAGAUGGAUAUACCAAUACAAGGGAACUACGGUGUUGCUACAUGGAUUACCUCCCGCAGCACCUACUGGCACUUCUGUUGAAGUCUUGCUAUUGUCAGAUUCUUCAGUUAGCACUCAACAUUCUCUCUGAUACAACACCGGUGCACCCUGACUACAAUUUUGUGAAGCUUGUCAUUUUUGCGAAGCUAUCUGACUACAGUUCUAGGCAGAUGGAGCUGCAAUACUUCCAUAAGAAUGUCAUCACCUGCAACCAGUUCCGUAUCAUGCUGGCUACACUAUCAGCGGCUUGGGGGCAAGCCGCAUUUCGAGGAGUGGGGAAUGUCAGCAACACGUAUCCAGGAGAUGGCUGAGAAGGCAGCAACAGAUGGAGAAAGCUGUCAGCAAGCUGAGUAGAAGGAAACGUGGGCCAAUGUGGGCCAAAUGUGUGGGCUGCGAUCCAGUAUAGAUUUCUAUAAAAAGAAUGUCUUGUAAUAGGAGAGGGACCAAGAAGAGAAUAUUGAAAUCCACUGUCGUGUCUAUCGGCUCAUUCUUCCCCUUUUCCAAGCAUUGCUCUCCUGCUACCUCCGAUCUCCCUUCUUCGAUCCCAAUAAUAUCUCUGUCGUUAACACCCCAUCGCCACAUGGCCUAGGACAAGCUACACCCCAUUGCCACAUCUCGACGUUGGAAGGCCAUCGAUUCGCUAGCUCCGUCGUGCCGAGGUACGCCCCACUGACCAGGUGAUUGGUUGACCAUCUCUAUUGUUCUUCCUCCUCUCCAAUUAUACGUUGGAAGUCCGUCGAGCCACCAGUGUCGUCGCGCCGAGGUACCCCUUGACUCUGGUGAUUGAUUGGGCGUCACUACUGCUCCUCCUCCUCCUCUCCGUUUCUACCCAAGGGGAGCGAGGAGACAAACGUGUGGCCUGCCACGGCGAGGCGGUGGGGAUCCAGUCCUCCAUCCCUUCAAUUUGGCCUUCUCUAUCUGGGUCCCUCUCUAUUUAGCCACCCGUUCGACACACGCUGCUACAAGCUCUUCGUGAUCAGUCAAAAAUAGUGAGAUCGAGUUGUUUGGGGGGAGCACUGCAUGAGCCCUCCUCCGACGGACACCCUCUCCGUUCUCUAGCGAUCGAGAUGUGCGAAAUUCUGAUGUGCGAGAUCGAGGGCCACCACCUCACGUCGGCAGCCAUCGUCGACCAUGAAGGCGCCGCCUGGGCUCAGAGCACUGCAUUCCCCGAGGUCACCGCUACCUUCAUGCGAACCAUUCCUCUGCCGUAAAGUCCGACGGCAGCCACGUGGUACCAGGCCACAGCUGGCCCACACGUCAUCCACCCGGCUACCACAACGUUCACGGAUGUUACGGUAGAGGAUCCUGCCGGCACCGUCACAUUCGAUUCCCCUUGUAUUACAUAAACGUUGUUGUCUGUGUGACCAAUUCGAUCUGAUCCCGCUAGCUGACACCUAACAUGUGAAGGGAUAGAUUUUGCUGUGACGUCAUCCACCCAAUUCAAGCCUGAGAUGGCCAACAUCAUGAAGGAUUUCGAUGAGCGGGGGCACCGUACCUUGCCUCGACCGGCCUGUUCCUGGGAGCCACCAAGUACACUGUCAUCCAAGGCAAGCUUGGUGCUGUUAUUCGUGGCAAGAAGGGAUCCGGUCUGUGAGGCCAAUAGUAUCCUUUAUUUAUAUUUUUCAUGUGAGAUCCUAAAUGAAAAUUCACUACUGGAUUUGACUUUGCUGGUUUCACAAACCUAUACGUUUUGAGACAGUCAUGCCAAGGUUUCAUUA